GCGGCCGCCUCGUAGCAGAGCAGAAGCCCCGCGUUGUUUCCCGUUUGUCUGGACGUUCUCCUGCCGCCGUCCCGGAGCUCCUGUCCGGGGAUGAACGGAUCCAGCCGGGAUGGAAAAACCCAGAACGAGGAGAGAGAAGUUCUCCUUCUUCGGAUCUCGCUCCACAAACAGAACCAUCCACACCUCCUCUUCGUCCUCCUCUCCUCCCGUCCCGUCUGUUCCGGUGUCUGGUUCUGGUGCCGCCAGCCUGAGCAAAGCGGAGUUCUUGGAGCGUGUGCGGCGCAGUAACCAGGCCUGCCAGCAGGGGGACUUCGGCCUGGCGGUCCGUCUGUACUCGGAGGCGCUGAACGCCGACCCGCAGAACUGCAUCCUGUACAGCAACCGCUCCGCCGCGUACCUGAGGCUGGGCCAGUACGGCACGGCGCUGGACGACGCCGUCAAGGCGCGGCUCAUCAACCCCAAGUGGCCAAAGGCUUAUUUUCGUCAGGGGGUCGCCUUGCAGUACCUGGGUCGCCAUGCCGACGCCCUGGCGGCGUUCGCCUCGGGCCUGGCUCAGGACCCCAAGAGCCUCCAGCUGCUGGUGGGGAUGGUGGAGGCGGCCAUGAAGUCGCCGCUCGGAGACUCUCUUGACUCCACCUACCAGCAGCUGCAGAAGAUGAAGCUGGACAAGAGUCCGUUCGUGGUCGUGUCCGUCAUCGGUCAGGAGCUGCUGACCCACGGCUUCCCCGGAGCGUCGGUCGUGGUCCUGGAGGCGGGGCUGAAGAUCGGCACGUGCUCACUAAAGCUGCGGGGGUCCGUGUUCUCCGCUCUGAGCUCGGCGUACUGGUCUCUAGGCAACGUGGAGAAGAGCAUGGCCUACAUGCAGCAGGACCUGGAGGUGACCAAGGCCUUAGGGGACCAGCCAGGUGAAUGCCGGGCUCACGGGAACCUCGGAUCUGCUUUCUUCUCCAAGAGUAACUAUCGAGAAGCUCUGGCCAAUCACAGGAACCAGCUGGUUCUGGCCAUGAAGCUGAAGAACAGAGAGGCUGCGUCCGGCGCCCUCAGCAGUCUGGGUCACGUGUACACGGCCAUCGGGGACUAUCCCAACGCGCUGGCCAGCCAUAAGCAGUGUGUGCUGUUGGCACAGCAGGACCGGUGCCGGCUAACGGAGGCCCGGCAGCUGGGAAACAUGGGAGCUGUUUACACCGCUCUGGGAGACUUCAGCAGCGCCGUGGAGUGUCAUGAGCAGCACUUAGACAUCGCUAAGAGUCUGGAAGACCGCCGCGAGGAGGCGCGGGCGUACAGCAACCUGGGCAGCGCCUACCACUCUGAGCGGGACUUCGACAAGGCCGUGUCCUACCACAGCAGAGUGCUGGAGCUGGGGCAGGAGCUGGCCGACCGGGCCGUCCAGAUGAGGGCGUACGCCGGCCUGGGGCACGCCGCGCGGUGCAUGCAGGACCUGGAGCGGGCCCAGCAGUACCACCAGAAGCAGCUGGAGAUCGCCGAGGAGCUGCAGGACAGAGCGGCUCAGGGCCGGGCCUCGUCCAACCUGGGGAUCAUCCAUCAGAUGAAGGGCGAGUACAAAGCGGCGCUGAAGCUCCACAAAGCCCACCUGUCCUUGGCUCAGGAGCUGGGAGACUACGCCGCUCAGGGGCGGGCCUACGGGAACAUGGGGAACGCCUUCCACGCUCUGGGCCUGCAGGAGCAGGCGGUGCAGUACCACCGGCAGGAGCUGCAGAUCUCCUUAGAGGUGAACGACCGGCCGUCACAGGCCUCCACGCACGGGAACCUGGCCGUGGCCUUCCAGGCGCUAGGCGCUCACGACCGCGCUCUGCAGCACUACCUCCAACACCUGAGCAUCUCCCGUGAGCUGCGGGACUCCCAGAGUGAAGCCCGGGCUUUAGUGAACCUGGGGAACUUCCACAGCUGCAGGGGGGAGUACGCACAGGCGCUGCCCUACUUCCAGCAGUUCCUGGCUCUGGCUCCAGGCCUGCAGGACCUGGAAGGAGAAGGGAAGGUUUGUCACAACCUGGGCUACGCUCACUACUGCCUGGGACAGUACCGGGACGCCGUCAGGUACUAUGAGCAGGACUUGGCUCUGGCUAAAGACCUUCAGGACAAACUAGCCCAGGCCAAAGCCUACUGUAACCUGGGUCUGGCCUACAAGGCUCUGGGAGAGUUCAGCAGAGCCGAGGAGUGUCAGCGGUCGCUGCUGGCCGCGGCGCAGGCCCUGGACCACACCCAGGCGGUUUUCCGAGCCUUUGGGAACCUCGGGGACGUUUGUGUUUGUCGGGGCGAUCUGCCGGGAGCCGUGAAGUUUUACCAGCAGCAGCUGACUCUGGCUCAGAAAGCCGGCGAUCGGAGGAUGGAGGCCGACGCCUUCUCAGCGCUGGGAUCAGCUCACAGGCUCCUCCGUCAGCUGGACGCGGCCUUGUCCCUCCACAGCCAGGAGCUGACUGUCCGGAAGGAUUUGGGCGAUCAGCAGGGCGAGUGCCGGGCCCUCGGUCACCUGGCGGCGGUCCACAUGGGCCUGGGGGACUACGCCACGGCCUUCCAGUGCUACGAGACCCAGCUGGGCCUGGCGCAGGGACUCAGGGACCCGUCGCUGGAGGCCCAGGUCCACGGGAACAUGGGGAUCACCAAGAUGAACAUGGGCGUCUUCGAGGAAGCCAUCGGGUAUUUCGAGCAGCAGCUGGCCAUGCUGCAGCAGCUGAGCGGGGCCGAGGGCAUGCUAGACAGGGGGCGGGCCUUCGGGAACCUGGCCGACUGCUACGACGCUCUGGGAGACUUCGAGGAGGCCGUCCAGAACUACGAGAAGUACCUGACGGUGGCCCAGAGCCUCAACCGCGUCCAAGACCAGGAGAAGGCCUACAGGGGUCUCGGGCGAGCUCACAGGUCCACGGGCAGCCUGCAGCAGGCGCUGGUGUGCCUGGAGAAGCGGCUGGUGGUGGCCCACGAGCUCGGGGGGGACGGAGGAGGGAAGGCCCAGGCGUACGGGGAGCUGGGGACCCUCCACAGCCAGCUGGGGAACUACGAGCAGGCCCUGUCCUGUCUGGAGCAUCAGCUCAACAUCGCACGCUCCGCCGGGGAUAAGCCUCUGGAAGCGGAGGCCAGCGACGCUCUGGGAGGAGUCUACCGGCUGAUGGGCGACAACGAGACGGCUCUGCAGUGGCACCAGCGGGCGCUGGACAUCGCCGAGCAGACGGGCUGCGUGAGGAGCCAGGCGCGCGCCUGCGGGAACCUGGGCCUGACCUACGAGGCUCUGGGGAAGUACGAGCGAGCCGUGGUCUUCCAGGAGCAGCACCUGAGCGUGGCGGCGCAGACCAACGACCUGAUGGCCAAAACUCUGGCCUACGGCAGCCUGGGCAGGACACACCACGCCCUGCUGAACUACGCUCAGGCGGUCAUGUACCUGCAGGAAGGACUCCGUCUGGCGGAGCAGCUGGGCCUGAAAGAGGACGAGGCGAAGAUCCGGCACGGCCUCGGCCUCUCUCUGUGGGCCGGCGGGAACCUGGAGGAGGCUCAGCAUCAGUUGUACAGAGCGUCUGCUCUGUUUGAGAUGAUUCGGAAUGAGACUCAGCACAACGUGGACUACAAGCUCUCUCUGUUUGACCUGCAAACCAGCUCUUACCAGGCUCUCCAGAGGGUCCUCGUCAGCCUCGGUCGUCACGACGAGGCGCUGGCCGUCGCCGAGCGAGGCCGAACACGAGCCUUCGCCGACCUGCUGGUCGAACGGCAGAAAGGAAGUCAGCAGACAGCCAAAGCCGACCCGUACGUGCCGGUGACGGUGGAGCGCCUCCUGGAGGCGGUGAACGGUCAGAAGGCCGUGGUCCUCUACUUCUCCAUGGCUGGAGGCUUCCUGUACAGCUGGCUGAUCUCUCCAGGCGCAGGGAUCGUGAAGUUCAACGAGGUCGACCUGAGAGAAGGUGGAGCUGAAGGCUCUGAGCUGCAGGAGUGUGGGGGGAGCCCGCCGUGCUCUCUGGAGCAGUACAUCUACAACGCUCGGGAGGCUCUGGGGGUGGACAGCCCCCGCAGCAGAGUCUGUGAGACGGAGAGUGAAGCAGGAGAUCUGCAGGAGCAGCAGGAGGAGGAUCUGAACCAGCAGCUCAGCUCCUCCACCGACCCCACCGGCUACCUGCGCAUGGUGUCCCGGAACAACCGGCUCAACAGGAGCUGUCAGAGCGUGACGAGUCUCUUCAGCGCCGCCGUUUCUCCUGUGAAGGACGGACCUCCUCCUCCGGCCCGAUGGAGCGGCGCCGCCAAACCGGCGCUGCGAGCGCUCUACGACCUGCUGAUCGCGCCGAUGGAGGGGGGCCUGAUGCACGGCAGCGGGCCGGUGGGCCGGAACCGGCAGCUGGUUCUGGUUCUGGAGGGAGAGCUGUACCUGGUCCCGUUCGCCUUGCUCAAAGGCAGCGCCUCCAACGAGUACCUGUGCGAGCGCUUCGGCCUCGUCUCCGUCCCGUCUCUGGCCACCCUGGCGGCGGCGGCGAAGGCUCCGCCUCCUCGCCGCGCCGCCCCCCCAGCAGACGGAGGCUCGCUGGCAGCGGUGGUGGGGGCCCCCCGGCUGCCCCCGAGCAUCAUGGGCCGCUGGCUGUGGGGGCCCCUCCCCUCCGCGCAGGAGGAGGCGCUUUGGCUGGGGGAGCAGCUGGGGUGCCGCCCCCUGACCGGCGCCAACGCCACCAAGGAACGCGUCUUGGCGGCGCUGAGCCAGGCCGAGUGCGUUCACGUCGCCACGCACAUUUCGUGGAAGCUCGCCGCGCUGGUCCUCGCUCCCGCUCAGGACGGCGCCCAGGAGGGGGGGGCGGAUCAGAACCGGACCGGCUCGUUCCUGAGGAGGCGCGGCGGGCUCAGAGGAGCGGAGGAGGGGAGUGACGGCGAGGAGGGCCUGUGUGACACGCCCCCCCUUCAGGACUUCCUCCUCACCGCCGCAGACGUUCUGGACCUGAACCUGACGGUCAAACUGCUGGUCCUCAGGUCGUUCCCGGAGUCCAGCGGCAGGAUCACGGCCGACGGCGUGGUGGGUCUGACCCGGGCCUUCCUGGCGGCCGGAGUGCAGUGCGUGUGCGUCUCGCUGUGGCCCGUCUCCGGCGCCGCCUCCAAGCUGUUCACGCACAGCUUCUACACGGCCUUACUGGGCGGGGCCAAAGCCAGCGCCGCGCUGACCGACGCCAUGAAGGCGCUGCAGAGCAGCAAGCAGUUCUCACACCCGUCCAACUGGGCCGGUUACACGCUGAUCGGCAGCGAUGUGAAGCUCAACAGUCCCAUGUCGGUGGUGGGUCAGGCUCUGGCCGAGAUCCUGCAGCAUCCGGACCGAGCCAGAGACGCUCUGAGGGUUCUGCUGCACCUGGUGGAGAAGUCUCUGCAGCGGAUCCACGGCGGACACUGUAACCCCAUGUACACGUCGCAGCACAGCGUGGAGAACAAGGUCGGGGGGGUCCCCGGGUGGCAGGCCCUCCUCGCCGCUGUGGGGUUCCGGUUGGACGUCUCCUGUGCCGGACUCCCCGCCGCCGUCUUCUUCCCGACGUCGGACCCUGGAGACCGGCUGCAGCAGUGCAGCUCCACGCUGCAGUCUCUGCUCGGUCUGAGGCCGGCCGCUCUGCAGGCGCUCUGUAAGCUGGUGUCUGCGGCUGAAGCUGGAGGGCAGCUGGUCCAGAAGGCGGUUAAACAUGUGGCAGGAAUGCUCCACCAGGUUCUGGUUCAGCUGCAGUCCGGAGACAAAGAGCAGGACUUCCCGCUGGCUCCCAUCCAGGUGUCCAUCAGCGUGCAGCUCUGGAGGCUGCCGGGCUGCCACGAGUUCCUGGCUGCUCUGGGGUUUGACCUGUGUGAGGUCGGACAGGAGGAGGUGGUGCUGAAGACGGGGAAGCAGGCCAGUAGGAGGAGCCUGCACUUCGCUCUGCAGUCGCUGCUCGCUCUGUUCGAUUCCACGGAGCUUCCCAAGCGUCUGAGCAUGGAUAGCUCCUCCUCCCUGGAGUCCCUGUCCUCAUCCCAGUCCACCUCCCAGCCACACUCCUUGCCCCCCUCGCUCUCCUGUUACCCCCCUCAGCCGCCAUUUGCCCCCCCGGGUUGCCCCGACAGCCUCUCUAGUGACGCCAUAUCCGUCUACAGCCUCAGCUCCCUGGCGUCCUCCCUCAGCUUCCUGUCCCGCCCCGAGCCUGCAGGAAGUGACAUCAUCAGCCAGCACCCGCAUCAGCCAGACCAAAACUAUGGGGGGGCCCGCGCCUCCCCCCUUCGCCCCGGCGGCCGGGCGAGGGGUCGACUGAGCAGUCAGGGGGGGGAGGAGGAGUACGAGGGCUUCUCCAUCAUCUGCAGCGAGCCGCUGCGGCGAGGAGGGCGGGACCUCCACCCUCCGCCCACAGGGCAACGACCCGGGAGGGGCGGGGGUGGGAGGGGGUCUGAGGGGGGGCGUCCUCUGACUGUCUCCUCCAAGGGGAGCAUCAGCACCCCCACGUCCCCGCUGAAAUCUGCCCCGCUGCCCUUUACGGCGCCAAACAGCCCCCGCCCCCUGGAAGGCUUGCCGCCUCAGCGCAGCGGGAAAGGAAAGGUCAGCAGCUCCGAGUCGGACCAGUCCAGCACCGAGACGGACAGCACGGUCAAGUCCCAGGAGAGGGCGGGGCCUGUGGGUCAGCUGGACCCGCAGGAGCUGGCCCAGAAGAUCCUGGAGGAGACGCAGAGCCACAUGCAGGCGGUGGAGAGCCUGCAGAAGGCCGGCCUGAGAGGAGGCGCCGUGAGGGGCGCCGAGGGGCGGGGUGACGCCUGCCACAUGUCCCGGUCCACGCCCACCACCCCCACCUUCAGCCCCAGAGGAGGAGCGUUUCAGCCCUCGGAGACGAGCGCCUUCAGCCGACCGCCCAGCAGGGCGAGCCUGAAGGCGGCGUCCUCUCCUCUGUCCGUCUGCAGCCGCCGGUCGCGGCUCUCCGCCUCCACGCCGCCUCCUGCCCCGCCCAAACCGCCGUCCCGCUCCUCGUCUCUGCAGCGGCUGGGCAGCAGCAGUCCUGCUGACGCGUCUGCGUGUGUGGGUGAGAGGCUCCGCCCCUCUCCUGCCCACAGCGCACCGUCUCCGCCCCUCUCCUGCUCCUCCGCCGUGUCCACCCCCCUCAGCACCCCCGAACCGAAACCGGACUUCAGAUUCAAGGAGACCCAGAGCUUCUGGGUCAGCCAGACCCAGGAGGAGCGCAGCCCCCCCACCGUACUGCGGGGGCGGAGCAAGAAGAUGAGCGCGGUCCAGAACGACGUUCUGGGUCUGCUGAAUCUGUCGCAGAGACACGGCGCCGACAGACCCAACGGUCCCCAGGCACCUGAGGCCAAACCACCGCUACCUCCCCCCUCGGCCCCGCCCACAAACUCUAAGGGAGGGGCCAGACGUUCCUCCGGGAGCGGCUUCAAGUUCCUGAAGCCGGGUCACUUCUUCCCGUCCUCCAAGUGCUGAGUCCGGCUGACUCGGCACUUUUCCUGAGCUGCUUUUUUACAGGAUCCUGCUGAAAACUCAAACUGUUUCAUACGUUUUUCUACCUGCUUGUUUUUGAGACACCUGGAGGAGAGGGCGGAGCCUAAUCGAGGGAGGAGUUUGAGUCUCCAUGGAAACCCUCAAACUUCUACAUGUUUGUGGAAAUCCAACUUUAUUUGAUGUUGAUUUGUUAUGAAAAAUAAAUAUUAUUGUAAUUAUUA